AUGGUGCGCUUGGCAGCCGCCACCUUAGAACCUAGACCACGAAGCUCUGACCAAAAACAACAUCAAGGCAGCUCCGGACGACAGUAUGCACGAUCACCGAUCCCACUCCCUUCUCCAGCAACUCCCUCUCACCGUUUCCCCAUUCAUCCACCUUCCCACCGCCGUAACUUUACCAUAUUCAUACCGGACACUCCCGCUAUCCCUACCCCCAUCAUCUACUGCCCCCCCUCCAGGCAGCCCUCAAGGGGGAUAUGUCGUUUCACCGUCCGGAAGCUUCUCAACCACUCCCGCUGCCAUAAUGAGCUCUUGUCAGUCGUUGAUAACACAUAUUCAGUCUCAGCAGAAGGCGAAGGAGCAGACGAUAAAGGACUGGGAGAAGAGUAUCGAGGAGAGAGAACUGAUGGAGAAAAGACGGGUUGCUCCCGGUUACCUAGACACCGGGCUACGGAUAUUGGAACCUACAAGAUCUACCCCCGUUCCUGCUCCGAUUCCGGCUCCUCCAGCUGCGCCCCCAGUUCAAGAUAGUACUAGCGGCGGAGGGGAAGAACUUGACAGGGUUUUCGGUAAAUUAGGUGUUUAAUGAAUCACUAUUCUAAUAGUAUACUCCCCCGCUCUGAUGCCUUA